AUGGGUGAUGGAUUUAGUCAUUGCACCGUCAACGGAACACUGGAUGAUUCGAGAUUCAGCGAGCCGAUGCCCUGGAUUGGCCUCUACGUCGUCGCAGCAUCUGCAGCUUGUGCCCUAGCCAUGGCAAUCGACGCCUAUCACGGCUUCCGCUACCGAAAGUUCUGGUUCCCCUGCAAAUUCUUCUCCCUCAAUGCCACUACCUUGACUCUCAUCGGCGUGGCGGUCAAGCUCGCCGUCGACCUCAACACCUCCAUGCCUCACGCCCACGACCAGCUGGCGAAGCUCAGCAGCACCGCCUUCAUCUGCACAGCAAUAGGUAAUUCUAUGCCCUCUUUAGGUACCAUGGAAAAUAAAGAGCUUAUGAUGAACGUGGUGGCGUUGGGGAUUCUAGUGGUCACUGUUAUAGUGAAUGUGUGCAUCCAAUUAGGAACAGGCGUGAUUUACCUGUUCUGGAUUGAGCACGCCGUUGUCUUGUUCCUGAUGGUUGUCUUGUUCGCAAUCACUGUUUCGUCGUCCCUGGCGAUUGCUGCAACCAAAUAUUACUUUGAUGUUCAGUACAGCGUUAAGUACGAGAUAGCAAAGAAGGAAUGCGAAGGUAAUUGCACAUCCUCUGUAGUCGACAAAUUGAGACAGGAUCUUAUGAGGUACUGGAUGAUGGCUCAUACCUGUAAUCCUCAGUUUGUGAUGGGGCGUUUGGCGACUUGCACUGCCUCCGGCGCAUUCUGCCUGCUCAGUGCGCUGACGCUCGUCGAGGCGGUGCUUCGCAGCUACCUAAUGCCGUGGUGCUUCAAACUGUGCAGAGGCGAUUCGGACUACAGGUGGUCGAGUAUGUUGAUUCUGGUGACUCAUGCCAUAGCAGUGCUGGUGGGUACGAUUGCGCCGGCAUCUAGAUGGUUUAUAGCCAUUAAAUUCAUGUGUCCGAAGGCGGCGAAGAAAGCGCACGUGAAUGGGUGCUCAUCGGUGGAGACAUACUGGGUCAAGAUACUGCGGCAUUUGAAGGAGAGUCCAGUGGAGCUGAUAAUCUGCGGCCAUCACGGUAGGAAGCUUGUGUAUAAUGCGAAGAACAAGGCCUUCGAUUUAUGCAUUCUGCUUCAGAUGGGAAUGGUGGUUUUGAGCAAGUCCGUCAGGUUGGUUUCGGUGCUGAUUGUGAGCCAGCUGCUGAAAGUCCACCAGUGCUGCAAGAAAUUAGUCAGAUUGUCGACAUCCAGCCUUGCAGAUAUGAGUAGCAAAUCGGAGACAGAUGCGACAAGCAGAAGGGUUGAUCUGAGUCGCUAUGUAUUGCAUCUUGAAGGAGAGGAAGCGCUUAUCGACAUGAUGAUGGAAUCCGAUUGCGAUGCCACUGGCCAUUGGAUCAGAAUGGGGAGAAUGCAGCAGCCAAAAUACCUUACAAAGAUGUUAGAGAAACUGAAUCCUUCGACUGAGUUUUCCGGGGUGCUGAAGUUCGACAGCCAUCGGAUUCUUUCUUUGGAUGCUGACGAACCUCCGAACAGCUGGGCACUUCCUGUGGUGACAUUAACGAGCAUUGCAGUUGCAAUUAGCGACGAUAACUUUGCUUCGGUGAAAGAAUUGAUGAGGUGCGUCCACGAAGGACUCAGGUACACAAGAAUAGUAGAAAGAUAUAUCGACAGAAAAACGAACCUGGACAAUGUCAGGAAAGCAGCAGAAGUUACAUGGCUAGGAGUAGACCUCCAUUACAGAUGGCUAGACGUGGAUCUUCGUAAGAUGUCAGUCCAGGGGAAAAGCCCAAAAGCUACAAUUUCAGAACUCUCUGACAUCGCCAAGCGCAAGUUUAUGGAGCUUCAAAAGACUGAUUUGAAAUACUGUGUGAGUCGGGACACUGCAAGAUGGCCAGUCACAGUUUUAGCUGCCAAUUCAAUGUAUAGGGUAUGCGAAACACUCCUGCUCACGAACGACAACAGAGCAAAUGAAUACAGUAAAGUGAUGCUGGAAAAACUUACAGCCAUGAUCACAGACAUAAUUGGGGCCUGUCUCACCAACCUACAGCGCGCCAUAUCAAUAGCAUGCCAUCGAAGCAGCAUUGAGCAAAGAGAAGAAAGUGUACGCAAUGCUAUUCUUCUACUCGGUAGAGCAGAAAAGGUCUUGGAAAUUCUUAGCUGCCGAACACUUUUGAUCCCAGAUCCUGACAAGUCGGUGUGCAUAAAUAAAUGGCGAAGAGCACACAAAGAAAAUAGUAACUCGGAUUUUAUCGCUUCACCAGAUGUGUACAUAAAUGUAGACUGA